AUGAAAUUCACGCACAUCUCAGCCUUUACAAUUGUAGCCUUGACCACCAGUGUUCAUGCCAUUUUGCCACAACCCAGCGAGACAAUCGACUCUGUUGAUCCAAGUCCAAGUCCAAGUCUAAAUAGCCAAAGUGUUCCACAAGCAACAGGUGGUCCGGAAUUUCCGAGUACUUCGACAACUCAAGGUCCUGGCGGCAGUCAAGGCGAUCAUUCAAACCAAACUCCUAGAGUUCGUCUAAAAUCUUCCAAGCUCAGUAAGUUUUUAUGUGGUAUUGGACAAGGACGCAAAUCUGGCCAUCGAAAAUACAAAAAACGACCUCAAGAUGGGCAGAAUGAUUCUAUUGAUUUAUUCUUGGAAUCGCUUUUAAACAUACCGCAAUUUUCAGGAUUGGGCUAUCAAGGUGGUGACUACGGACUCGCAGAUCACGUUGAAGAAAAUUCAAGACAACAGCAACUUAUCGAAGUAAUAGCGAAAGGCAUUAAUGCUGAAACAUCAAAGUUUAAAAAACAUUUACUUUCAUUUUCAGCAUAUCUUGGCGAAUACGAAGUAUGGGUCAAGAAUAUUCUAAAUUUCCUUGAUGGAUUUGAAGCCAUUAGUAAACUAUCAUCCGAGUUUAUCAACGGGCUUGGAAAGAUUUUUAAAGAAUUUCUGGAGAUUAUCCAUGUACUUUAUGAAAGUAUUUAUCAAAUACUUGUCAAGUCGUUUGGCUCUGUCGAGACAUUCAAGCAGCAGUUUACAGCAGCAGCUCUUGGUGUAUUCGGAUCUGGUUGGGUGUUUCUUACUUGGACUCCUUCGAGUUCUACCAUGUCGAUCGUGACCACUGCUAAUCAAGAUCAUCCCGAGUUUGCACCUCAGUUUGCAGGUACUGGUGCCAUGACUUUACUUGCUCUUGAUGUCUGGGAACAUGCCUACUAUGUCAAAUACCGCAAUGUUCGUGCCAACUAUGUUGCUGCCUGA